AUGGCGACACAAGGUUCGAAGAGUAAUCCACAGAACACCAAGAAGGGCGAAGGCCCUGUAGUGAGCUCUUGGAGCUGCUUCAAUUGCCGUAGGCGCAAAUCUCGUUGUAAUAGACAGAAUCCAUGUGGGUUCUGCUCCAAAGCAGGCGUGGAAUGCUUGUAUCCCUUCACCGGGCGCAUGCCAACUCGCCAGCACAAUUCUACAACGGCAUCUGUCCCUUCAAAUCGAACGCCUCUGCCGCGGAAGCGGUCGGAGGUCCAGGUACAUGAGCUUCUCAGUCGCUUAAGGCAGCUAGAGAGUGUGGUAGAUGGCAUGAAGGCUCAGGCACAAGACAAAGAUUGCACACUUCGCCAUACCAAUUCAGGCAAUGCAGGCCCCAAUAACAACGGACUAGGCUCGGCAGUUGAAGAAGAAGACGCCGACAACACACUUGCAAUCAAUUCACAUCAUGAUCUUUCGAACAAAUUGAGCAGAUCAUUUGGUAGCCUCCACGUUUGCGAAAGCGGUACCCUAUAUACCAGCAACGGUUUUUGGGCUGCUCUUCAUGGCGAGUUAAGAGAUGUCCGCAAAGCGUUUGAAGCUAGUGAUAUCUUCCAUUCAGGUGCCUUUGAUGACAGCUCCUCGAUACCUGAGGUGGAGGCCGGCCAAAUACCCUUCACUUUUGGCCAAAUCUACCCACAUGAAUUUUUAUUUCACCCUGCGCCAGAUCUCCUGUCUUUUAUCUGGCAGGUAUACGUUGAGAAUGUGGAUCCUUUCAUCAAAGUGCUGCAUGUGCCAACUAUGACUGAAGCCAUUCGGCUCUCAGAAGGCGGCUUUGAUAAGCUGUCCGCAGGGAUGCGCGCUUUAAUCUGUUCCAUAUCUCUCGCCGCUGUAACGUCGUUGAGUGACACCGAUGUACAAGAGGCAUUCGGCGAUACCAAGGAAAAGGUUCUAUCUCGUCUCGUGGUGGGAACAGAAAAAGCAUUAUCACAGGCGGGUAUCCUUAAGACGACCGAUCUAUGCGUUGCGCAAGCAUCUUUAAUCUACCUCGAGAGUGCAGGUCACCGUUAUGGGAUGCGGACUGUGUGGAUGAUGUCUGGGAUUUUAGUGCGGGCCGCGGUAUCUGUAGGGCUACAUCGAGAUGGAGCUGCGUUCCCAAAUGUCUCGCAUUUUGAGGCAGAGAUGAGACGAAGAUUGUGGUGGCAUAUUUGCUGUUUCGACGCCCGUGUCAGUCAAUGCUAUGCACCCGAAACUAUGAUAUCCAACAGCAUGUUGGAUACGAGGGAACCCACAAAUUGUAACGACACUGAUCUCGAAGUUAACAUGAUGAAAGAGCCAACUGCGCGUGAGGGGUUUACGGAUAUGAGCUUCACCCUCAUGGCGUGUGAGCUGCGGCGUCUGUGUAAUCUUGUACUUUCCUCAAUGUCCGCCCUGUUGAGCUCCGGGGAGAAGCAGCAAGAAGCACAAUACGACACACUGCUUAAGAUAGAGGAAGUACGAAAGUGGGCUACUACCACGUUUUUUGGAAACUCGGACUCAAGGCGUGCUAUAGAACCCUUUACAGAAUUCUUCUUCGGUAUGCUUCUGGACCAGCUUGGCAUCAUUGUGAGGGACACGAAUAUCUUUGGAAAAUGGGCAUCCUCCGCGGAGAGAAAAUUGAGAGACCGAUCAUUUCUCUCUGCAUUGACUCUUAUUGAGAACAUGCGAAAAUGGCGAGACCAGCCUUCAACACAUCAAUGGGGCUGGGUCCUGGUAAAUUUCCAACAAUGGUACGCUAUCGGUAUCGUUCUUAUUCAUCUCCAGACACAGACAUGGGACUCGGUAUGCGAACGGGCCUGGAAACUUGCAGCUCAGACACUAAAUGAGAUCCCUCCGGCAAUGAUGACACAGAAUCCUCUGAGAGAUUCUAUCAUUGGCAUGGUCACCGCUGCACGUCAGCACCGAGAAAAAGAGCUUACGCGACAACGAUGUGAAUCAAAAAACCAUGAAAGCAUAGUUUUGGAUCCGGAAGGCUGCGAUUCUAUGCCAUUUUCAUCAAAAUUGUCGUCUAGCUCCUUUGACUUCAAUCUAGCAACAGAAUUCUCUGUUAAUAUGUAUACAGCAGAGAAUAAUGUUAUGGAGCCACUCAAUAUAGCGCCCAUUGGUGAGGUGCAAGAUAAUCCUUUCAAGACCUUUAUUUACCCAGGGCAAGUUGAUUUGGAAAUGAGUUAUCAACCUUGGUAUACGGAACCAACGAUCAACUUGGAUACUCUAGAACCUGGACUUGGGAGCUUGCAGGAAUUAUUUUUCUAUAAUAUUCUAGAUAGCAAAGGGGAUUCGGUCUAG